AUGUGGGGGGCUUCAUGCAGCCCUGACCUUGGGCUUGGUGCCCAGGCAGGGAAAGAGUUGGAGCGAUGCCAGCGGCAGGCGGACGAGGUGACGGAAAUCAUGCUCAACAACUUCGACAAGGUCCUGGAGCGCGAUGGGAAGCUGGCAGAGCUGGAGCAGCGGUCAGACCAACUCCUGGACAUGAGCUCCACCUUCAGCAAGACAACCAAGACCCUGUCCCAGAAGAAGCGCUGCGAGAACAUCCGUUGCCGGAUCUACCUGGGGCUGGCAGUGAGCAGUAUCCUGCUUAUCAUUCUGAUUGUGCUGCUGGUCAUCUUUCUCCCAAAGAAUGGUGAAGGCAGCAGUGCUCCACAGGCCCAGGGUGCAGGCAUGGCCUCAGGGCCAAGGGGACUGACUUGGCUGGGCCUGCAGGAGAAGUGA